AUGUGGUCCCCAUGUUCCUUGCAAGGAGAGUUGACCCAUAACGACGAAAUCACGAAGCUAUUGCUUGCGGCCGGCAUCGAUGUCAAUCGCGUUGGCUUGGAAAUUGGGGGUAGAAGAUGGCGACCUCUUCAUAGUUGUGGUCAUCCCGGGCAGGCUCAGCUUCUACUCGAGGCGGGCGCCGACCCAAAUAUCGACCGAGAGGACAAAUGGGGCCCUUUGGCUUGUGUGGUGGGCAACUUUAUCCCCACUGUUACCUUGGAAUUUUCUUCUCAGGAACAGAAGGCCCGACGCAUGGAAAUGGUUCGACUGCUUUUCCAGUACGGCGCGGACCCGAUGCGAGCUGGAGGGGGUUGGGCCUUACAUGGGGCACUACGAGACCUCGACUUUGUUUUAGCCGCAUUUCUUGCCGACAAGGGCGCGAGGAUAAACGUUUCAGAGUUGACGGCGUCCGACCAAAGACUCUUGAACCAAGCGGUGAAGGAUCAUGAAUGGGGGACAGUGAUGAGGCUGACACCUCUCAAUUGGUCCUUUAUCAACUAUGUUGGUCCUGGCUUGAUCAAUAACGGGCGUUUUAUAUCCAUGUACAGAUUGCCGGUUAGUGGCCAGGGGAGUUUACCACCAUGGCUGGAAAACGAGAUCAUCCGCUGGUUGAAUGUGAAGCUCCUCCCUUGCCAUCCUACGUCUGGGAUAGUCACAAUUUGUCAGAAGACACUGGAAGUACAUAGAACAUAA